CGAUCUCGUUCAAAAGGCACGAUUCUUCUUGUCUGUGUUGUAAAAUGGGCAAACUAACAUGUAACAUCGUGGCCAGUGACACGUCUGUCGACGGAGUAAAAAUUGUCCAUGAAAAACAGAAAGUACGAACAAAGAGGAAGAAACGUAAAAGGGACCUGACAGAUCAGAAAAUAUUCAAAUUGAAGAAGGAUAAAAAAACGAAGAUCAAUGAAAAAUUGGACGAGGCACAAAAUUCAAAAAAGAUAUCCAAUAGAAUUCUUCCGCAACCUUUGGCUGGAAUAUAUAGAAACGGUGCAACCGGGAAAGAAAUACGAAGAGCACAAACUGAAGUAGCAUUGAAUGAUCUAAAUAACGCGCGACUACAUGGAAAUGUAUUGAAACUACUAGAUGGUUAUCAUUCGAAAUCAGAAGAUGCUGCAACUAAAAAUAGUAACAGAAAGUUAAAAGAUUUUAGUUUGGAAAAUAUUCUCAAGCCAGAUGCUGAAACAAGUCCUAUUUUGGGUAAAAUAGAUGGAAGAAAAGAUACUCAAAAGAAAGAAGAUAUCGAAAUACCUCAAAGAUCAAUAGAAGAAAACAGAAUAGAUGAUUCCGAACAAAACUCUGCGUUAAAUAAACUCAAUAAAUACGAAGAACUAUGUAGGAUUGUUUCUUCAGAAAACUUCGAGGAAAAUAAUUUUCCAGACUGUUUUGGACCUGAUCCACUAUUAAAGGUGAAACAAAAAUUAAGAUACAUGUAUGCAGAAUCAUUUCGAAAUAAAUUGAUACAUGAUACGAUAAUGCGUGGGAAUAUUUUAAGCAACUACAGUACACCUAGUACUUCUACUGAUAAUUUUCUUCCUUCAAACGCUGCAUUUUGUCCUUCAGGAUCUAAUCAAAACGUGGACUCAAUAUUUGCAACUGUUGAUAAUCUAGAUCAUUGUGUUGGUAUCAAAAAGGAUAUAGAAAACAAGAAUACACCGUUUUUAAUACCAGAAACGAAUUUCAAAAGAAAUGAAAUUACCUCGUCAAAUUUAUUAUUUAAUUUAUCUUCAUUAAAUGCUUCUGACAUGGGAAUUGAGAAUUCCCUGGAAGCAGAAACACUUCAAAAAACAAGUAACAUAUCUAAUGAGGAUGACUCAAUAAAUUUAAGCAACCAUACUUCUCUGGAAGUAAAUCCUCCUUCAACUUCCAUCAGCGCUAACAGUAAUAUUGUUAAAUAUUUUGAAACAAACGAAUUUGAGAGGAUAAAGGAAAAAAGCAAACCUGUCUUAUUUGUUCAAACUGAGGCAGAAUCCGAGAAUAAUUAUAAUCAUAAAAAAUAUAGAAGUCGACGAACGCAAACGGUAGGUGUUUUAAGUAAUGGAUUAGAAAAUAACGCAGAGAAACAAAACUUAAAGAUACUGCAGCAGAUUAAAAUGAAGAAUUUGAAGCAUAUCCCUAUUAUAUUGCGAAGAUGUAACAACAUUGUGACUAAUAAUAAUAACCAAUUGAAUUUAUUCCAGGAGUCGAUGCAUAUUAAUAAAGAGCCCCAGGAGAUGCUGUUCAACGCCGCGUCGAGGCAGAACGUUCUUUUCACUUCACAAUCUCUCAUAACAGAAUCGAACGAAAAUUCGCAGAGAUUGCAACGGUCGACGACUGUAAAUACUUUAUUUGAUACAACAGAUAUAGAAAAUCUUCAAACUUGUGUAAUAGAAUCACCAAGUCUUCGUAACGAUGAUAUAUAUUUCGUAAAAAAUUCUUCACAACAGAACCAAUCUCAAUCACAAAAUCUUCAUGUAAAUGGCAUUUUAGUGAAUAAGAAAAAUCCUUCAGUACAAAAAACAGUGGUGUUUACGAAGAAAGAUUCACGAAAUGUAGGACACUGUUUGUACUUAAAUAAUGAAAUUACAGAUGAAAUGGCUGAUAAUUCGAACAUCUGUAUUAUACGAAAGAAUGUUUCUUCGCAGCAUGAGAAAUUAAAGAAUAAUUGUACGACACAUAAGAAUUGCCAGGAAGUACCAGAAAAUUAUAAAACAUACCAAUGCUCGCAGAGCUUUGACAAUUCAAAUUAUAGCAAUCAAGAAUUUAAAGAGAUAAGUAUAUCACAGCAUCAGAAAUCACAGAUUUGUGAGAUGUUAGCAAAAAGAGUCCAGCAACAUCCUAAAUGCGAAAACAAUAAAACAUGUUACAAUGAUCAACACGUUUGCUAUGUGAUGGCAAAUCAAUGUAAAGAUUCGAAUAAUGUGCAAGAAUGUUCUCAUGAUAUUGUACAUCAAAUUGAAAAAUCAAGAAAAUUGCAGAAUUCUAACCAGGAAUUCAAUCAAGAAGAUAUAAAUAAUAUUGAUUUUCUUAAAGGCAUCAAGAAUUUGAAAAUCUUACCCAUUAAAAAACGAUUCCAAAAUCAAUGUAACGAAAAUGCAGUAAUAGUGAAUGAACAGCCAAUUAAAUAUCUGGCAUUUGAAAAUGAUUCUAAAGCUCAAAAAGUUCCUAUAUAUUUACAAAGCAGCAAGCAUGUUGCUUCUGCCGAUAAUAUUAAAGUAAUUGACCCGAAUGUUAAUUGUCACAUGGUAUCAUGUCCUCAAGAGUCAACGCAGAAAAUUAUUUUUGUGCCAACAUGCGAACAGAACGAAGUCGUAUAUAUCAAGCAACAAAAUUUGCCUCAUUCAAACAUUGCUUUUGAAAAAUGCUCGCACCCUAGGAAACUAGUCUUGUACCGACCAGAAGUUAAAUGUGUCGAAGAUUCCUCGAAUAUAUGCGAAGUUCAUGUUCCGAAACAGAACGUAAUGGAAAUAAGAAAAAUUGAUAAUGACACGAUUAUUACUAAUUUACAACAGACAGAUAAUGUGAAAAAGUCGACUCAAAGUGGGACAAAUUGGGAGGAACUUCAUUGUCGAUCGAAUCAUGAACAUGAUACUUGUACUAGGAAUCAAGCAAUUUUCUAUCAGAAGUAAAAUUCUCAUAUUAAUUGAAACAUAUGCAAACUUACG